AUGGGGAUAUUAGAUUUCUUUCUCCAGUCCUCCAGCUCUAUCUCCCUGUUGGGGGCUCUGCUGUUCCUGCUGCUCGUCUACCUCGUCUCAUCCUCCAGCUUCAGCUCCCAGAAGGAGGGAAAGGAACCUCCAGGACCAAGACCGCUUCCAGUACUCGGGAACCUGCUGCAGCUUGACCUCAAGAGACCCUACCACACAUUACUGAAGCUUUCCAAGAAAUAUGGAUCGGUGUUCACUGUCUAUUUGGGACCCCAAAAAGUGGUCGUCUUGGCUGGAUACAAGACGGUGAAGGAGGCACUUGUAAAUCAUGCUGAAGAGUUUGGAGACCGAGGUGAAAUCCAAAUUGUGAAGGACGUUAAUAAAGGACAUGGGGUUGUAUGGUCCAAUGGUGAUUCGUGGAAAGAGAUGAGGCGCUUUGCUCUGACUAACCUGAGAGACUUUGGGAUGGGCAAGAAGGCGAGUGAGGACAAAAUCAUUGAGGAAUGUGACCACCUCCUGGAAGUGUUUAAGACAUUUAAAGGUGAAGCUUUUGAUACGACCCAACCAAUGAACUAUGCAGUCUCUAAUAUUAUCUGCUCCAUUGUUUAUGGCAGCAGAUUUGAAUAUGAUGAUCCAGAGUUUACAUCCCUGGUAGACCGAACCAACAGAACCAUUCAACUUCUGGGCUCCCCGUCAGUACAGGUGUAUAACAUUUUUCCAUGGAUUGGUAAAUGGGUUACUGUGAAGAAGGAAAUCGAUGCAAUAUUUGCUGCCAACAAGAAACAGAACUUACAGCUGUUCAGUCGUUUGAAAGAGACCCUCAAUCCACAGAUGUGCAGAGGCUUUGUGGACGCCUUUCUGGUCCGAAAGCAAAAUCUAGAGGUAUCUGGGAUUGCCAACAGUCACUUCCACGAUCGCAACCUUCUGCAGACAGUUCUUAAUCUCUUUGCUGCUGGCACUGACACAACAGCAACUACACUGAGGUGGGGACUUCUGUUAAUGGCCAAAAAUCCCAAAAUACAAGACCAGGUCCAGGAAGAGGUGAGCAGGGAGAUAGGAAGUCGUCAAGUGCAGGUUGAGGACAGGAAGAACCUGCCCUUCACCGACGCUGUCAUCCAUGAGACACAGAGACUGGCCAACAUUGCCCCAAUGGCAGUGCCUCACAAAACGAGCCAAGACAUCACCUUCCAGGGUCACUUCAUUAAGAAGGGGACCACGGUAUAUCCUCUCUUGACAUCUGUCCUGUAUGAUGAGAGUGAGUGGGAGAGGCCACACAGCUUUUAUCCUGCUCACUUUUUGGACAAAGAUGGCAAGUUUGUCAAGCGGGACGCCUUCAUGCCUUUUUCUGCAGGUCGCAGGAUUUGUCUCGGAGAGAGUCUGGCCAGGAUGGAGCUCUUCAUCUUCUUCACCAGUCUCCUGCAGCACUUUCGUUUCACUCCUCCUCCUGGAGUUUCAGAGGAUGAACUGGAUCUGACUCCACGUGUGGGCUUCACCCUCAACCCUUCACCCCAUAAACUGUGUGCCGUUUCCUCUAUGUGAGCAGUAGGGCUAAAAGAAAAUGCUGCUUGGACCCACUUUCAUGACUUUGACUCACUUCAAGAGACUAGAUUUUCAUUUGUAUAGCAUUAUCUUCCAUGUUGUGCAACAGCACGGAAAAUGUUCAAUUUCAAUUAUGCAAUUAAGAGAACUUUCAUUUCAUCAAAGAUUUGCAGAUAAGUAACUAAAUGCACUAGAUGAUGUGUUACACAGAACCAUCUGAAAAGCCAUCAUUGGACGGUGUUGCCAAGUCCGCUUAUUAUAAGCGACUUUGGGCUUGUUUUUCUGUAAAGUCGCUUACAAAUAUUGGUAGUCGCGGUUCGUGGUUUUUUGGGGCUCAUUUCUAAAGUGUAGUUGCUUAUUUGGGCUUGUUCCCAGCUCCAUAGUAAGUUGUCAAGCAGUCUUGCCUGUUCCCUCUGUCCCUCCCCUUUCCCCAUACACACAGGAGACAGCAGAGUUUUCUCCCACCCACAUCCUGCUUCUAAUUGGCUCUGACCCAGAUGGCAACGAGUGCUAGCCAAUCAGAGGCAGAGCAGGGCAAUCUGUUUUUUUCUGUUUUAGCAAAACGUCAGUGAGUGAUGUUUAACUGAAAAUAUGCACGAGUGUGACUGAUGGUGACCAUAGAGAGACCAUAGAAUAAUUUCUCCUGUUUCUGGGUUAUAGUUAUUUAAAAAUGCAAUAAUAAAUAACAAAAUUGUUCAAGAUGA